CGUAUUCGUACAAGAAAAUGCCGAAGGAAUUAACUGCCAACAAUGCAGUAGAAAUUUAUCUUUUUCGUUGUUAAAUUACGUAUUUUUGUACAAAAGUCGUCAUGGAUAUACCGUCCAGUUAUAGGCAAUCGGCUGGGAAGAAAAAAGGAGGAAAAAAGGGAGGGUCAAAACCACAGUUGUUUGAUGACACAAGUGUUCAGUCCCCGCCAAAUCAAGGGUAUGGCCCACCACAAACAGGAUACAUGGAACAAAACCAGGGCGGUUUUGGAAAUCAGCCCCAGCCCGGGGCUCCAGGGUGGGGGCAACAGUUUCCAGGACAGCAAAUGUUCCAAGACCCCAUGGCAAACAUGGCGAUGCAGUAUGGCACCUCUCUCGCUGGGCAGGGCAAAGAUAUUGUUAACAAAAAUUUUGAGAAAUAUGUAUCAACUUCGAAGUUAAAGUAUUAUUUUGCUGUGGAUACAUCUUACGUAGGAAAGAAGUUGUUAACCUUGAUCUUCCCCUUCACUAAAAAGGAAUGGUCUAUAAAAUAUGACCAGGACCAGCCUGUGGCUCCCAGAUUUGAUGACAACGCUCCUGACUUGUAUAUACCAGUGAUGGCCUUUGUGACGUAUAUUUUGGUGUCUGGGUUGGUUUUGGGAACACAAGAAAGAUUUUCCCCAGAGCAGUUGGGCAUGCAGGCUAGCACCGCUCUUGUUUGGCUGAUUAUCGAGCUGGUGGCCGUCAUGAUGAGCCUGUACAUCAUGAACAUGAAAUCUGAGCUCACGUACAUGGACGUUCUCGCUUACAAUGGCUACAAGUUUGUUGGGAUGAUAUUCAUCUUACUUGGAGGGAUGCUGUUUCAAAGCUCAGGAUUUUACUGCGUUCUAGCCUGGUUUAGUCUCACUAUAGUUUUCUUUUUAGUUAGAACAUUGAAAGUAAAGAUCUUGCCCCACAGUCACGGGGAUGAGUACCACGGGGGUGGGGCAAAACGCAGCCUUUAUCUCGUCCUGUCUAUCUCCCUCGUGCAGCCGCUACUUAUGUGGUGGCUUACAAGACACAUCGUGUUUGCUUAGUGAUUGUGAUCGGGCGCAUAAUUACUCAACAGUCGUUGCUUUGCAUGAGUGAUCCACAUGAUGACAUGUGACGUCCGUCUAACAUGCAUGAUUGACAUGUGACAAUAAUAUUUCAUACUUCAUUGACAUGGUAUGUGUGAUUUGAUACUAUGUCUGUCUUGCAUGCAUGUUUGACGUGGUGCGUGUGAUGACACAUCGUGUGUUUGUUUGGAAAGUGUAGUAAAGAUGGCACACAUGUGAUCAAUGUCAUGUUGGGUUGAUGUUAGGGGUGGCAGUUUCUGUAUAACAUGGAUUUACACCCAUGCUUUUGUUUUAAAUAUGUUUAAAAUUACAUGGAUUCAAAAUGUUAGUAGGUACUUACAAAAAUAGAUAGUUUGAUGUGAUGCAAAGUACAAUCUCAACAUUUUUAGUGGUCUACAUUACAUUGUGUAAACUACCCGUUUAAUGGGCCAGCCACUGUUCACAGAUAUUGCUUCACCUGAUUAAAAUCAGUAACAGCUGAUUGCUGAUUUACUGAAAUAAAUGUACUGAAAAAAAUAAGAAAUAUUGCCUUCUCAUUGGACAAAAUAUAAUGUUGACCACUUUGUACAAACAUGCUUUACUGCUUCAUUUUUUUCUCUAAAAUGAAAACAUUAAAGUCACACCACUUCCAAAAAUGUUAAUCUUUCAGUGUUUUUUUCCUGUAUUAUUUUGCCAAAUCGAGUAAGACAAAUUAAUGUAAUUGUUUAAUGUAUAAUUUAUAAAUGAGUGCUGUUUCUAAUUUGUAUAAUACAACAUUAUUAUGUGUCAUAAAAACAGAGUGAUAUGCUUAUAGAUUGUCAUGUUGCAACAUUUUCGUUAAUGUUUCAAGUGAAUUGGUUAUAUAAAUCUUGUUAACAACGAGUUUGAAUUCUACAUUUUCAGGCUUUAAUUUGUAAGUAACCUCAUUUAAGAGCUUAUGACAAUUGUUUACAGACAACCAUCUACAAAUCAACACAAAAGCGUACCAAUUCAUUUUAAAUAAAGUUAAAUUUGGCUAGUGCGUGGGUUCGAAUUCCACAACCGUAUUUCCUUACAGCCUGGUUAGCUAUUUGUAUGAAACUGUCCAAUGCUUUGGUUUGGUUAAAGUAAGCCGAAAUGUUUAUGGAUUGGUCAAUAAUAUUUGAAUAAUUUAGAUCAUUAACCAAUCACAUUACUUACCUGUGCAAGUAGCCAUAGAUAGCCCAUGGACUAAUAUUCAAAGUUGUAUACAUUUAACUGUAGUCUGUACCAGUUUCUAGCAUAGAAACAGACUCCGACAUUCAUUUUAGCAUGAAAACUGCAUUGCUGCCUGGAGAAUGUAAACCUAUAGUUAUAUGUGGCUUUGUAAUUUCUUUAUAUUAAUAUGUAGAUCUACGAUUGAUAAGAGUGCUAUAUCUACAUCUGUGUAAACAAAACAUAUCCAACCAAGAAAAAGCUUUAAAAAUGUUAUUUUCUGACAGAACAGAACAUUAUUGUUAACAUGAACAUUUACAUGUCAUGUUUUUACAUCACUGUAACAAUGAUGAACUGUAAACAUGUAUAUUCAAGUUAACAAUAAAUGUUCUGUUCUGUACUGUAUUAAAUAUGUUAAAUUGCAGACCUACGCUAAUUGUGUUGUAAUAACCACUUUUUCUCUAAUAAAUUAUUACUAAUACAUAUGAUUGUUCAAAUUCUAUGGUGCCAUUGCAUCACAGAGCUUACAAUAUGUUCAUUGAUGUCCCUAUAGUUUAUGUAAUAGUUAGAUGACAUGAAUUAAAAUCUUAAUGAUUAAGAAUGGGUGGAGUGAGCCUAGCAAACGAGCCGUUCUUAAUCAUUAAGAAUUUAAUUCAGGUCAUCUAUUUUAAACUGACUUUCAUACAACCUCAUUGGCUGACCCUUUGUCAACGCAAAUCUGACGUAGGUAUUGUGUGGCAGUGGGUGGACCUUUAAACACCGGCGAAAGUUGAAAUUCUUAUAACUAAACCUAGUAUUUAAUGAUAGCAUAUAGCCUCUCUGCAAUUUCAUUUGCUGUAAAUGUAGGUUAUAUUUUAAUUAAUUUUAAACUAAAAUCAUAUUACAAGUUUAAUAUGUGCUUAUACUUAUUGAUAACAUUGCCUCAAAAGUUUGUAAAUUUUCUUUUGCUCUAAAAAAAUUAAUGUGUUAAUUUGCAUGUUUCCUUGUAUAGGAAUUUUAUGAUUAGCAUGGCAUUCUGUUUCUAAAUAAAAAAAAAACUGUAAAAAAAGUCUUAAGUUAUUGGGCUCCCAAAUAAGCUGACUCCCAGGUGGCUCAAUUAACACAAAUAUUUAAAAAUAUGAAGCUGGUUUCCCAAUAUAAUUUUGUAUAAUUUAAAAGAAAACUGCUUAUUGAUAACUAAGAUGUAAACUUAAUGACUGAAAUAUCAUAAUAGAUAACAUGAUUGCAAUUUGUAUUUUUGUUAUGUAUUUCAAUUAUAUAAGACCUGAAGUGACUCAUUUUGCAAUACUUCAAGUUGAAAAAAGCAUUUUUGUAACAUUUUUUUUCGUUUAAAAAUCUCAUAUAAUGUAGGUAUCAUUUUACAAGUAUAUGAUUGCUGGUUACUAAUAUGUUAAAAAAAAGCAACCAAUUAUAAGCUAUACAUGAAAAUAUAAUUUUGUAUCUCUCUUCUUUAUUUCUCCAGAAUUCAGGGUAAAAUGACGUUUACAGCAAUCUUUGAAGGCCAUAAAAAGUUUUUCAGAUAAUACCAAACCAAUAUGCGCUCACCAGUAAUUCAAAAUGCAUGUAUUUAUUUCUUUUUAUGCAUAAAAAACGUCUUUUAAAAUGAUACCAAAACAAAAUUAUAUGGGGAAACCAGUCAUCCAAAAUUCACAUACUUGUGGAUGGGUUACCUUUAAAAAAGACUUUAAUAUGAGUGUGUGUGCUUACUGAAAGUGUGUGAGUUGAUAUAUUAAUAAUUGUAUAAUACAUGACAAGUCAUUUUAAGGUCACAUGUGAACUUUUGUUUUCUUAUGUACUACUCAAUGUUUUGCUAAGGACCACUGGUACUAAUUUUGAUGUCAAAUGCCAUACUAUUGUUUUUUUCUGGAUUAAAAGUUAUUAGACAUGUCUUGUUGGAACAAAGUAUUUCCACUCGCACUCCCUUCUCACCAUGGCGACCCGGGUUUGAUUCCCGGCUUGGGCGCAUGUGAGUUUUGUUUACGGUCAUCAAGCCGGAUAAGUGGAUUUUCUUCGGGUACCCCGGUUUUCCCCACAACACAAGACCACACACACUCUCGCGCAACAUCGUGUCAACGAGAGUGACUUAGUAUAAGUUAUGUAACUUUCUUCAUUAUCGUUGUAAAAAAUAUAAAUGUUUACACAAAAGUAAUUCCAUUGUCAAAAUGAAAGUAUUUUGUGAACUGCAGCUGAUUGUGUAAACUGGUCAAGUUUUCGUUGUGGUCACAGUUACCCGAAAUGUUUUUGAUUGGCCAAUAUUUAUACCAAAAAAAUAAAGCUGCAUUUCACAGAAAUACCUUUUUACUUCUUGUUUUUAGCUCUACUGGCCAAAGGCCAGAAGAGCUUAUGCGAUGGUAAUGUGUACGUAGUAUGUGCAUCCGUGCGGUCGUGCGUUCGUGCGUCUGUAAACAAUUGCUUGUGCACACGAUACAGUCUUCAGUUUUGAUUGUAUCUCGAUGAAACUUGUACAGUAUAUAAAUAUCCAUUAGAGCUCGGUUCCUUUCGAAAACCAGCCAGAUCCGUCCAUAAAUGCCUAGAUUAUGGAUCAUGAAAGUUUUAAAGAAAUGCUUUCUAUUUUUAGCCAGGUCUGCAUGAGCGAAUUCUAUUUUAGCCAAGUUUACAUGUACAUGUAAAUUCAAGUCUAGAGUUAAGGGAGACAAUUUGCAAGUCUAGGAUUUUGAGAGACGAUUUGCUUUUUGCUUCUGCAGUUGAUUUUGUGAAUUACUCUGCCUUGUUCUUGUUGAAAGCCCAAAGGCCAUUUUUUAGCUUUAAGUUCUGUAGUUUGCACAUUCAUCUUAACAAAAUUGGUUGUGAAUGUUUAAGUUAUGCACCUGGUGUCAUUACUGGCCACACUCAGGGUUCACAGGUUUGGUAAACAUAAAUCUGGAAAGGUUUGAAAAUCUUUUUGUGUGUUCGUGCAUCCAUCUCAGCACAAUUGAUUGUGAAUGUUUGUUCAAAUUGAUCAAUGUUGUCCUAGGAUGCCCUUGACUUUGACCUUUUGACCAACUUUUUUUUAACUUUUAAAGCUACAAUUUUUUUUACUAUGAGCACAGUUUUGAAAGCAUUUUUUGUCAGAUGACUUUUACAUGGCACAUAUUAAAAUAGUCAUGCAACUAAUCUGCUUACAAUACUUUCUGGGCUCAGAUGUUGAACGUGCUACGUUUUCAGGUAACCCAAACACAAAACAUAAAGUAUAUAUGUCUGUUGCCUUUUACCCAUACAUACAUGCUCUGGAUUGAUAUGACCACAAAAGCCAUGCCAGUAGAGCAUAGGCCCUUUUGGGCCUCUUGUUUUGUCUUGGAAAGAACAAAAUUUUGCUUAAAUAUCUGCAAACGAAUGAUAAAAGAUUGCUGACAAAAGAUCAGAUCGCAGAUUUUCAUAUUUCUUUUCGAAAAUUAAAAUAUUAUUGCUUAAACCAUUACUAAUGGUUAAAGAAAAAUGCAUAAAACAUCAAUUUUAAAACCUGCGAUCUAAUUUUUUGUAAGCAGUCUUAUUUCACUGGUUUCCAUGCAUUUUCGCAAAAAAUGGCUCGUUCCAAGACAAAAAAAAAUAAAAUAAAAAUAUGUCAAAACGUUCACUCUGUGAGAGGGCAGCUUUAACCAAUCAAAUCAUUUAAAUUUGUAAACAAAAUCCGAAAGAUAACCUGUCAAUUUUUUUUUAUACAAAUAGCUGCCGACGUCAAAACUGACGUCAAGAUAGAUGUCAAUAUUUUUUAUAAUUGAUAAUCUACAAGUCAUUAACUAUAGGCCUUUCAUUCAAGCUUAAAACACUAAUGCGUAUAACGACCACAUUAACCUUUCAUUAGUUUUCUUCCCGUGUAGUUAAUAUGUAGAAUAAUCCGGCACAAGAUGUUGUUCAGGCGAAAAAUGUAAAAAAAGCAUCAAGGUCUUGUUCGAUGCGCAUGCGCAAAAAAUAUAAUAUGAUAUAUAUGACUACAGUUAGUUUUGUUAAGAGAGUGUCACAUCACCAAACAAUGGUACCACUUCACUUUACUUCAAAAUAGAACUCAACUGCUAGAAACAUUUCUGCCAUAUAGUUUUUUUCAGAAAUCUGGAUUUUUGAAGGACGUUGAAUAAUCUUAAAGCUGCACUCUCACAGAUGGUCAGUUUUGACACUUGUUAAUUUUUUUGUCUCAGAACCGGCUGAUUUUUGCAUCAAUGCCUUCAAUUAAACAAUUCACAGUCGAUAGAAUAGAUCUUAAUUGAUGUGUUGACUUUGAAAAAAGAUAUUUAUCAUAAAGCGUUAGUAACCCUUUUAUCUAUAAAGCAUUAUUUGUUAACGUAAGUUUGAUAAACUGCGAUCUGACCUUUUGUCAGCAGUCUUGUAUCACUGGUUUACAGACAUUUUCGCAACAAUGGCUCCUUAAAAGACAACUAAUAAAAAGAGUCAAAACGAUCAAUCUGUGAGAGUGCAGCUUUAAUAGUUAAACACAACUGAAAAUAAAGCUUAAUCUUUGAAAGUUCAUAACUACAUGUAAUGCAUUACUCUUACUUGAAUUGUGGCCUUUGUUAUUGUUAAAGAAACAACACAUUUUGAGUGCAUGUGUUGUAAAAUUUAUGUAAUUCUGUAAACAAAUAUUUUAAAAUAUAUUUUUUAAGCUUAGAUUUCGGAUUAGUAGAAUCAGUCCGCCAUUUCUUUAAAGAUCAAUGCCUAUUAUAUAUAAAAUAUAAAUAUGUUAAUAUUAGUUUAAUGUGAUUCUUAGCAAAUCCUGAGUUAUAUGCUACAUGUAUAUGCAUGCUUUCAUUUAAAAAAAAAGCCCCGAUUUCUCUAAACAACUUAAGUCCCUUUAUUACAGGAUUAAGCUGAGCUUGCUAUUUUUUUUUCGUAUGAUUUUGUGCCUUAUCUUUAUUUUUAAGAUUUUUUGGACUUUAAAAAGAAAUGUUCUGUAUGAAAAUUACUGUAAACUUCAUUUCAUUUAGUAAAAUCAAGAUUAAAUAAGAAAAUUGUCUUAAUGAAAUAAGCUAUUUAAAAAUGCUUUUUAGCUUAAGAACUUAAGAGAAAUUGAGGUUGGAUGUAUAUACUUAUUGACUUAUGCAGUCUUGCAUCUACUUGAAGAAAUAAAACUUGAAACUGUG